CAGUGUCAGGACAGCAAGACUCCAAGACAAGACACUAAGUUUAAGAAAAUUUCUUACGAAACAAAUUUCGUUCAACAUAUCGCGAACCGCAAAAAUGGCACUCGGCAGCAUCACCAGCAACAGCCAACAUCCCUACCAAAGACCGCAAACGACGCUGUGCGACACAACACGCAACAUGUACCAGCCACAGCCGCGUGUCAUCGCACCUGCGCCACACACACCGCCAUCCGCAACGAAAGCGCUGGGUGAGAAAUAUUCUGCUAGCGGCACCACACUCGACUCCAAUAAUCCCUCGGUGGUGCGGCGUAACGCACGCGAGCGCAACCGCGUCAAACAAGUGAACAACGGUUUCUCGCAUCUGCGCCAACACAUACCGCCAGCGAUUAUUGCCGACCUGAGUAACGGGCGCCGCGGCAUUGGACCGGGUGCGCACAAGAAACUCUCCAAAGUCGAUACGCUACGCAUGGCUGUGGAAUAUAUACGCCGUCUGCAGCGCGUUAUCGACGAAGUAGACGGCAAACGUGCGAUCACGGUGAGCGCAGCAGCGCCACCACACACACCGAUUUGGUCCGAUAUGCCAAGCAGCGCGCAUAAUUCACCACCGCCAACGCCACCGAAGAGUAAUAUGCAGGCAACGAUGUUCGCUGAUAAAAUACAACAACACUACCAAACACUCAACUAUGCCGAUAACAUGCAACAGCAGCAGCAGCAGCAACAACAACAACACAACCAACUCAUUAACCUCAAGUACCAACAGCCGCUAAUGGCGCAACAGUAUUUCCAACAGCAUCCUGCUUUGGUAUCACCAGCUGGCUCGGUCAGUUCGAGCACCGGCAGCGACUACAACAACUCUGAUGCCUCAUUAUACUACACACAUUCACCAACUGCCUUGGUGAGUCCAACACAGUUUUCGCUGCCUCUGCAAAUGAAAUACGAGCAGCAGCAGUACAGUGAGGAGGCCGCGGCGUGUAGCUCGGGCGAAGAGGAGGAUCUGCUUGACUACAUCUCGCUGUGGCAGGAUGAGGUGUAAAGUCGGCGUCCACUGAGUUUAUGUCUGCAAAUCGAGUUACCCACUAGUCAGCUGCCGCAACUGAGCGACCGUACGCGUCGUAAGCGUCGUAAGCGUCGUAAUUAACCAAUGACUGAAACGAGUAUUACCUCAUUUGAAACUUGUUAGUAUUGUUUAGUCGUAAUUAUUUAUUUUAUCGAGUAUUUUUUUUUUUUGAUGAGCGUUUGUACAAAUGAAUGUUUAACUAUUGUGCCUGUUUGUAGUUUUAAGUUUUGUUAAUUUUAAAUUAAUUUUAGUUUAUGCU